AUGAAUUUGUCCUAUAAGAACCUCUUAGAUUUCUUCUUCUACAUUCUUUUAACAACAUGUUCGAUCAAUGCCUUCACCAUUGACAUAUUCCACCGCGACUCGCCGUCGUCGCCGCUGUACAAUGCGUCGAUGUCGCGAUUCGAGCGCGCUCAAAACAUAUUCAAAAGGUCCAUCGCACGUGACUCCCUUAUCCAACCUCGUGAUGUACAGUCCGGGCUCAAAUUCUCGGCCGGCGACUACUUAACAAAAGUCUACUUAGGAACGCCGCCCGUUGAGCAGCUGCUCCUUGUCGACACCGGCAGCGACCUCACCUGGGUCCAAUGUUCGUGCAUUGAUUGUUACAGCCAAGACCCUCCCUUCUACAACCCUAAGGUCAGCACCACUUUUGCGCCGGUAAAAUGUCGCGAUCCGCAAUCGCAAUGCCUGCUACUUGAUCCCGACACGGUGACUUGUACGAGUAAGGACCAAGAUUGCUCGUACAAGGUAGGGUACGAAGACGGGGCCUCGACGUCAGGAUUUGUCGUAUCUGACUCUAUAUCAUUUUAUCGUAAUGGGGACCCAAAAGCGACGUUUCAUAAUUUCGCUUUUGGGUGCGGGACGAGGAAUUCAGGCGGUGUCGAUGGCGGUGAGUCGGGGAUGCUUGGCCUUGGAUAUACUAGCGAAUCCUUCGUGCAACAAUUUGCCGAUGCCGUCGGUGGCAAAUUCGCGCAUUGCCUAACGCCGCAUACUUCUAGAAAACCGGGAAGGUUGAAAUUUGGCAAAGAUGCGGUGGUAACGGGAAGAAUUUCAUCCCCGUUGAUACAAGUACCCGAUGUACCACACUAUCUCGCUAGCUUGGUCGGAAUUAAGCUCGCCUAUAAUGGCGUAGAAAUGGAGAUAUCAGCUAACACAUCACGCGAAAUGGACGUGCCUCGUAUCCGAGACGCUUUGAUGUUAGACAUGGGCCAAACAAUUUCGACGAUAAUAAACAACUACUAUGUACCUUUGGAGGAGGCCAUGCUACAUCACAUUAAACGCCCUCGUGUCUCCAACAGCUACUCAAACUUGUGCUUCCGGGAGAAGUAUAGGCGCCGCAAGUCUUUAAUAUCGCCGUCCAUAAAGCUCUUGUUUGAAAACAGGGAGUUGGUGUUGCCGCCGAGGUACAAUUUCGUAGAGGUCGAGGAUCGAGUGUUCUGUUUCACUUUCAAACCAACGGAGGAAAAGUUUUCUACGUUGGGAAAUAUUCAUUCCAUAGAUGUACGAAUUGGAUUUGAUCUUGUAAAAUCAAUCGUAUAUUUCGAACCAAUGGAUUGUGCCUAA